AUGGCGCCCAAGAACCGAAACAACCGCGACGUGACGCCGUCGGCGGCGUCGACAGCGCAGACGAGCGCAACAAGCAGCGGAAGCGCCCCCCAGGCAGCGGUAUCAACCUCAGCUAAGCCGGCGGUGAACAAAUCGGUGUCGAGCAGCAGCAGCAGCAAACAAGACUGGAACUCCGUGGUGGUUAACCUGGCCAACUCGUACCGGGACUCGGCGCCGCAGCGGACCAAGCUGAUCGACGCCUUCAUGACCUUCCUGGUGGUGGCGGGCGCGCUACAGUUCCUGUACUGCGUGGUGGCGGGCAACUAUCCUUUCAACGCAUUCCUAUCAGGCUUCUCUGCCACCGUGGGUCAAUUCGUCUUGACGGCCUCGCUGCGGAUCCAGACGACCGAGGCCAACAAGUCCGACUUUCCCUCCGUGUCUCCAGAGCGGGCGUUUGCCGAUUUCGUCUUCUGCAGCCUGGUUCUUCACUUCUUCUGCGUCAACUUUAUCAACUGA